AUGGCUGCACAAACUGUUCACGAAGACGUUACCUACCCUGCUACACUGCGUACGGACGAUGACGGAGAUAUCUCCGUGGUUGUGGUUCAACCAAUCACAUACUAUCAGCUCGCAACGCCGGCCGCUUCCAGAACGCCAGUGCUGACCGCUCCCAUCACCGCUCCAUCAAAGCCCCGCCACGCUGCCUCCGAUCUGCUCACAAGCGACAAUUUAGCAAUGCAAGACAACGGCUUCGACCCUAUCCUAGAUGUCGCCCAAAAGGCCGCCAAGGCAUUGGGUUUACAGCGAGCAGGCAACGAGCUGGGCUUCCAUCUCGAGCUUCAACACUACACCAACGAUCGGUUUGAUCUUAAUGGCUGGACUACACAACAAGCGCGAUGA